AUGAGUUCCAUAAAAAAGUCGACGGUCUCAACGACUGCAAGCAAAUUUACUCCCAAAGCUAAGGCCCCUUUCUUCCUCCGUAAACCAAAAAAUACGAAAGUAAAGGCCGGUGAGCCUAUAGAACUGAAGAUUAAAAUAUCUGCUUCUCCAGAUCCUACUGUUGAGUGGCUAAAGGACAACACUGUUAUCGAACCUAAUGCCUCUGUCCAUGUUACAUUUGAGGCUGGUCAAUCUACUUUAACUAUUAACCACAGUAAAAGUUCCGAUUCUGGUCGUUACACUAUUGUCGCUUCAAAUGAAGCUGGUGAAAAAGAUUUCUCAGUUACUAUAACUGUUGAAGCACCACCAAGUCGACCAGUUGAUCUACGAUCAGCUAAAUUAACCACUGAUUCUAUUCUACUAUCCUGGGAACAAUCGGAAAGCGAUAGUCAUCAAGAAACUAAAUACAUUGUUGAAAGCAUGAAAGUCGGUGAUAGUUCAUGGUCGACCGUGGACAGGGAAUUGAUGGAAUGUUCUUAUGUAGUCAAUAGGCUAGAAUGUGAUAUGGUAUAUAAAUUCCGAGUAAAGGCAUACAGUAAAGUCGGCUCAAGUGAGCCAAGCGAAGAGUGCAUUAUCCGGACCGUAUAUACCUUUAAACAAAAGAAACUGAUUUAUUGCUCUACGCGAAUACGACAUGAUAUUCUAGGCCCUCCCAAAAAACCUAGGAAAACUGAAUUAAUAAAGGGAAACCUCAAGGACGACUAUACGUUAUUGGAGGAACUUGGAAAGGGACGCUUUGGUGUAGUAUACCGCUGUGCGGAUGAAUCCGGAAAUAUCUUUGCUGCGAAACAUAUUGAUUUAAAAAAUUCUAAAGAGGAAGAUAUCCAUCGAGAGAUCGACGUCAUGAACUGUCUUGAUCAUGAUAGAUUAGUCCGCCUUUAUGCCGUGUAUCAAACACCUACUGAUUACGUGAUGGUCCUUGAAUUCAUUUCUGGUGGAGAACUAUUUGAUAGAAUUGUAGAAAAAGAGUACUUAUCAGAAAAAGAAGCUGCCGAAUAUAUAACUCAAGUAUUAGAAGGUGUUCAACAUAUGCACCAAAAUAAUAUCAUCCAUCUUGACCUGAAGCCUGAAAACAUCCUAUGCUUAAGUAACGAUUCCAUGGAUAUUAAAUUGAUCGAUUUUGGCCUUGCUCAUAAAUACAAUCCAAAAGAUAAGAUAAAAGUCAUUUGUGGUACUCCAGAGUUUGUUGCACCGGAAGUUAUCAAUUUUGAACCGAUUUCGUUUAGCGCAGAUAUGUGGAGUGUUGGAGUAAUAACCUACAUUUUACUAAGUGGAUUGUCGCCUUUUAUGGGAGAAAAUGAUGGCGAAACACUACAAAAUGUUACAAAUGCAGAAUGGGAUUUUGAUGAUGAAAUUUUUGACGAAUUAUCGGAAAAUUCCAAAAAUUUUAUGGAAGGAUUAAUUCAGAAAGAUCCAAAAUCACGCUUUACUAUCGAGCAAGCAUUAAAUCAUAGUUGGUUAAAGAAAAAAAUUGAAAAGAAAAUUAAAACUUCAAGAUUGAAGCGAUUUUUGAUUAGACGAAGAUGGAAGGUAAAUUCUUAUAGUAUUAGGCAUUUGAUAGUGAUCAUACUUAUCUCUAAUACGGUAUGUAUUAUUAAUGACCUAUUCAUUAUACAGAAAGCUAUCAAUAGUAUCAUUGCUGUCAUUCGAUUUCAUCAUGGAUUUGGUGGUAGCUCAGAUCUUAUAGUGAGUCCUAUAAAAGAAACAGACCCCGAGCCUAAAACUCAGCAAGAUAAAAGUAAACCUCUUGACUCCGAUGUUUAUGAAGGAAGUGCAGCUAGAUUUGAUUGUUGGAUACAGACUUCUGAUCAAGACUAUGAAGUAAUGUGGCUAAAAGAUGGUCAACCGAUCGAAGAUGAAAAUAAAUACCAAUACAUUUUUGAGGAUAAUAACAAAUGCAGCCUUGUAAUUGCUGACUGUGUUAGCGAUGAUUCUGCGACUUACAGAUGCGUCGUAAUUUCUUCCCAUGGCGAAAUUUCUUGUGCUGCAAAGUUAAUCGUUAACUGUAAGUGUUGUCAAAUUUAUUAUAUAAAGAACUUCUUUCAUACUCAAAUGAUUCAUUUCCUCUUAUCAUCAGGUGAAGAAGAAUUUGGCAAUGAAGAAGAAGAGGAAGAAGCUGGUGAAGAUGUUUUGGAUUAUAGCCGAUUUACAGAAUGGAAGCCACAACAUAAUAAGAUGGCUAAUAUAUUACGCGACUGGACUCAAGUCUUUGUGAAAAAUGAUGAUCCAGAGAAAUACUACGUCAUGAAAGAUGAAUUGGGAAGGUAUAUUUGA